UGAAGUUGGUUUUUUAAGCAUAAUUGCGUAUUUCUUAUUUUUUAAUGUUUUAAAUGUACAGUUCCUGGUUACCUAACUGUGAAAGUCUUCAAGACCUUUGUCGUCGAGUGAUUAUACGAUCUAUUGGAAGCAGAAGGCUUCUGCAUAAGCUUCCAUUACCAAACAGCUUGACAGAGUGGCUUAAAGAAUACGAAGAACCUACAAAGUUCGACAGAAAAUAUUCUACUAGUGACGUUGAAUUUUCUAGUGAUGAUGGCACUAUAUCUUUUAAAGGGCAUUACUUUUACAGCACAACCUUUAUCCACACUCCAUAUGGACAUGGAUAUAAAAGAGGCAAACAUGAAUGGGUCUUUUAUUUUGAUAACUGUUGUGGACAGGUAGCAGUUUGCUUAUUGCCUGCAGAGUUUUGCAAAAAGAGACUAUUCAACAUGGUUCCAUACACUGGGUGCAAAGUUGGCUGGUCGUUUAAUCAAGUUGGAAGUGCAACUUACGAGGUUCCAAUGUGGGAAGAAAAAAGGAAAUAUGGCUCACUUUUUGAUUCAUGGGACAUGAUUGGAAUGUUGUUAGAUAUGGAGAAAGGUACCUUAGGAUUUAUGGUCAAUGGAAAAGAGCUUGGUGUGGCAUUUGACCAAGGUUUACUUGGACAAGAAGUUUAUCCUGCUGUAUCACUGUGUGCUCGUGGUGAGAAGGCUACUUUUGUCAGUAGCCUGACAUAUAUUUAGCAUCACUGUCUGACUUAAGUUACAGUAAAGCCUGUUGUGAUCUGCAAGUGUGCCAGUUGUAUGAAGCCUGAAUAGUUAUCCACCAUGCCAGAUAUUAAAGCAUUAUUCAGCAAAUA